AUGUCAUCGAUUGGGGACCAAAUGAUGAGAUCGGACGAUGGAGCCGAAGAGCCUCGCAGCGAUGGUCGCAGAAGACAGGCUCGCUCGUCGUCUCGCCCACGGGGUCCUCCAUCGGUCAGCACCCCAGGCAUGCACAGCGACAUGGAUGCUUUCGCCGACGAUGAGGUUGUCGGACGGCGAGGUCUGCGACGAUUGCUGCCUGGUGCGCAGGACGUACCGCGGGUCGUCGACACCACGGCAGAAACUUUGGGCAUUCAGUUUGAGCGUUUCCUGGAAAACUUCACCGAAGAUCCUACGCCCUCGGCAGGUCCAGCAUCCAGUGCAGUGUUAUCCAAUAAAUACUAUAUUGCGCAAAUACACGGCCUUUGCCAGUUCAAUCYCUCCACACUCUAUCUCGACUACACCCAUCUUAUGGACUUUGAGCGUGGCAUCCUCGCCAAUGCCAUUCAAGACGACUUCUACCGUUUCCAGCCCUACAUGCUGCGUGCUCUCAACAACCUCAUCGCGAAAUACGAGCCGGGCUACUAUCGUGCGCAUCGGCAGCCUGGCUCAACAACCGCCCGAACAGACACCUCGCUCGCCACACAGAGCCUCAGCGAAGAGCAAGACGUUCAUCAAAAAACACCAAAUCAACAGACCGACAAGAUCUUCACGAUUGCUAUUUACAACCUACCUUUGGUCUCGCGAGUACGCCAGCUUCGGACACAGCAGAUUGGGAAACUGGUCUCAAUAUCUGGGACCGUAACGAGAACUUCAGAAGUGCGACCCGAAUUGCAUCUAGCCACAUUCACCUGCGAGGCCUGCAACAGCGUUAUCCCAGAUGUGGAGCAAAUUUUCAAGUACUCGGAACCUACGCAAUGUCCAAAUGUCACAUGCAUGAACAGGCAGGGGUGGAGAUUGAACAUCCGAGAGAGCACAUUCAUCGAUUGGCAAAAGGUGCGAAUUCAGGAGAACAGCUCCGAGAUUCCCACUGGCAGCAUGCCCCGAACGAUGGAUGUCAUUCUACGUGGCGAAAUGGUAGAACGAGCGAAGGCAGGUGAGAAGUGUAUUUUUACCGGGACUUUGAUUGUUGUCCCAGACAUUAGUCAGUUCCGCGUACCAGGUGUACGGCCGCAGGCUGUGCGUGACAAUCAAGGACCGCGUGGCGGAGACGUGGGUGRCAGUGGAGUCAGUGGGCUGAAAGCGCUCGGCGUUCGAGACUUGACGUACCGGAUGGCAUUCCUCGCGAACAUGGUAACACCGGACACCUCGACCCAAGGCAAACGUGCGGAUCAGAAUCUCAAAGGCCAAGCUGGCAACAUCUUGCAGUCUUUGGGUCAGAACGUGGAUAUCAGCGAUGAUACCGGUGAGAAAGCACAGCAGGAGUAUCUCGACACACUCACACCGGCCGAGAUUGACGAACUUCGAAGAAUGGUCCAGUCUGACAACAUUUACAUGCGUCUGGUGGACUCUCUCGCACCCAUGGUGUACGGACAUACCGUAGUGAAGAAGGGUCUCCUCCUACAGUUGAUGGGCGGUGUCAGCAAGGUGACCCCAGAAGGCAUGGCUCUUCGUGGAGAUCUCAACAUCUGUAUUGUGGGAGAUCCCAGUACAAGCAAGUCGCAAUUCUUGAAGUACAUUUGCUCGUUCAUUCCGCGAGCUGUGUAUACCUCUGGAAAGGCCUCUUCUGCAGCAGGUCUGACUGCUGCGGUGGUAAAGGACGAGGAAACGGGAGAGUUCACCAUCGAAGCUGGAGCAUUGAUGUUAGCUGACAACGGAAUCUGUGCGAUUGACGAGUUCGACAAGAUGGACCUUGCGGACCAGGUCGCGAUCCACGAAGCCAUGGAGCAGCAGACGAUUUCAAUUGCGAAAGCUGGAAUCCAAGCUACACUAAACGCACGUACUAGCAUUCUCGCUGCCGCGAACCCCGUAGGAGGUCGCUACAACCGGAAGACGACACUCCGAGCGAACAUCAAUAUGAGCGCCCCCAUCAUGUCUCGUUUUGAUUUGUUCUUCGUCGUGCUCGAUGAGUGUAACGAACAGGUUGACGAGCAUCUUGCAAAACACAUUGUCGGCCUUCAUCAGCUGAAGGAUGAUGCCAUUGAGCCAGAGUUCAGCACCGAACAGCUACAACGUUACAUCCGCUUUGCUCGACUCUUCCAGCCUACAUUCACUGACGAAGCCAAGACUUUCCUGGUGCAAAAGUACAAGGAGCUCCGUGCAGACGACUCGCAGGGUGGUAUUGGACGCAACUCCUACCGCAUUACAGUUCGUCAGCUUGAGUCUCUUAUCAGAUUGAGCGAAGCGAUUGCCAAAGCCAACUGCCUGGACACUGUAACUCCAAUGAUGGUCGACGAAGCCUUCAAGUUGUUGCAGCAGAGCAUCAUUAGCGUCGAGAAGGACGAUGUCGAGUUUGAAGAUGAAGAGGACGCUGCUCUUGCCGGUGCUGAUCAAGAUGGCGAGGACCAGAUGGAUGUUGGCGAGGAUGAGCCCGAGGCCGGUACGCCUGCUGCAUCAACACGUGCUUCGCAGACACCCGCUCCAGCUACCAGACCCAAGACACAGAUCAAGUACGAUGACUACAUCAAGAUCCACAACAUGCUUCUACGUAGAGUCAACGACGAUCAGAAUGCUGCCGAGGAUGGUGUUGAAGAGGAGGAUCUUUUGGUGUGGUAUCUUGAGCAGAAAGAGGACGAGCUGAGGAGCCAGGAAGACAUGGAGAACCAGAGGAAGAUGGCAAGAAAGGUGUUGAAGCGUAUGGUGAAGGACAACGUCCUCAUGCAAAUUCGAGGUGAAGGCCUCGCUGACGAAGCGGGAGAAGGCUUGGAAGAAGACAACAACAAGGUCAUGUAUGUUGUACAUCCCAAUUGCGCGGUCGAAGACAUGUGA